CCCCAUUAAAAAUGGCGACCUGCUUGUCUGAUGGACGGAGAAACGAGCUUUAACUUCUCAGUUGAUGAGGAUGUCUGAACCCAUUGUACAGUUCACUAGACCAUCCAUGUGUGAGCUUGUGUAACCACUUCACAGUGUAAACCCAUCAGGCAGUAUGUACAACAGUUCAGGAUUGACAUAACGUGUUGUGUGUAAGAUGUCUGGCCGAAGGGUGGACAUCAACUCGGCCAAAGUGGAUGAGUUGGCCACCUUAUUGGGCGUAGGGAAAGCCCGGGCUGAAGCCAUUGUGGAGAGGCGUCAGAGUAUUAAUGGAUUCAGCAGUGUACAAGAUCUGACAUCAGUCCCCGGGAUAGGCAACAGUGUCAUCGAUCAAAACAGCAAUGUGCUUUCUUGUGGCACGUACACCAGUCAUGCUUCGUCCACUACCCCUUCGCUACAUUCAAACAGGCAUGCUGCCGGGUCCAGCUCCUGCCCAACCAUUGGAUCCAAAGCGAGCUCCAGCAGCCUCAGGACAGGCACCAGCGGACCAAAGCACAGCAUGAGUGCUGGCCCUAGUGGAAUCAAACCCACUGCGAGAACCCCAACAACUUCUUUUAGUGCCAGUGCCAGGCGGUCAAAUGCUAGCCCGGUCAGGGCCAGAACUAGUGCCCGAAAGUCGAUCUUAAAUGCAGCUAAGGCAAGCUCUAUCGGAUCUCAGGGUAGACAUGGUAAAGCCAGCAGACGACAAGGAUGUUCUGCUGCUAUACUUCAUAAGUUUUCAACCCCACCAUAUAGUGGUAGGGCAACGAGGAGAAACAAAGUGUCGAUAGAUACUGAGGACUCAUGCUCCCCUGGUCCGGGAGUAUCGUUACGUGAUAGCAGUAGGGCAUCUAGUUCAUCAACUGCGUCAUCGUCGGCAACGUCAUCAAGUACCUUAAAUAAAUCUUGCAUCAAGCGGAAGCCAUCUGAGCCAGCGGAGGAAAGGACCCAGAAGGGGAGUUCACCCACCAAGAGACUCUGCAGACCUCAUGAUAGUCUCAAUCUUAGGCACUUAUCACCCACCUCUACAUCAAUCCUGCCGGGUAGCAAUAGCCCACUGAAAUUCAACUCGUCCCGAGUUGCCCAAUACCAACAAGACAACAUCGAGACACCCAGAAGACGUCUGUCCUCAAGGCUUCAAAUACCUCCCAACCUCAACGAAUGGCUCAAAACGUUCCAGCAGAACUGGAAUGUACCUGAGCAAAGACUGGCCCUGGAUGAGCUAAUCAACCAUUGUGAACCCACGCUGGUCAGACAUGUUAUGUCCAUCAUUGAACCACAGUUCCAGAGAGACUUCAUAUCGCUGUUACCUCGAGAGCUUGCUCUUUAUGUGCUGUCCUUCCUGGAGCCUCGUGAUCUCCUUCGCGCGGCCCAAACUUGCCACUACUGGAGAAUCCUCUGUGAGGAUAACCUCCUCUGGAAAGAGAAGUGCCGAGAGGCCGGUAUUGAUGAAGUCAAUGGUAAACAGACAAGGAGGCGUUCUAAUUCCGGCGUGCCGCGCAGCCCGUGGAAGAGUAUGUACCUCAGACAGCAUCAGAUUGAAUACAACUGGAGGUUUGCAGAUAUCAAACAACCAAAGGUAUUGAAGGGACAUGAUGAUCAUGUGAUCACUUGCUUACAAUUCAACGGUCAGCGCAUUGUCAGUGGUUCUGACGACAACACACUCAAGGUCUGGUCUGCAACGACUGGCAAGUGUCUUCGAACACUCGUAGGUCAUACAGGCGGUGUGUGGUCAUCCCAGAUGUCCAAUAACAUCAUCAUUAGUGGCUCAACAGACCGUACUCUCAAAGUGUGGAAUGCAGACACUGGUCAGUGUAUACACACGCUAUAUGGGCAUACAUCAACUGUCAGAUGUAUGCAUCUACAUGGAAGCAAGGUGGUUAGCGGCUCUCGAGAUGCCACACUAAGAGUAUGGGAUAUUGAAACCGGUCAAUGUCUGCACGUACUAAUGGGUCAUGUUGCAGCUGUACGUUGUGUUCAGUACGACGGUAGACGGGUAGUCAGUGGAGCCUACGAUUACACAGUGAAAGUAUGGAAUCCUGAUAAUGAGGAAUGUCUACAUACACUGCAGGGGCACACUAAUAGGGUGUACUCAUUACAGUUUGAUGGUGUUCAUAUCGUCAGUGGUUCUCUGGACACCUCUAUUAGGGUCUGGGAUGCGGAGACGGGGGAGUGUAAACACACCCUGAUGGGUCAUCAAUCAUUGACCAGCGGUAUGGAACUUAAAGAUAACAUCCUGGUAUCCGGUAAUGCUGACUCUACUGUCAAGAUCUGGGACAUCACUAGCGGACAGUGUCUGCAGACGCUACAAGGACCAAACAAGCACCAGAGUGCGGUAACCUGCCUUCAAUUUAGUAAAAAAUUUGUCAUCACCAGCUCAGACGACGGUACAGUCAAGCUGUGGGACUUGCAUACAGGGGAGUUCAUCCGCAAUCUUGUCACCCUGGAGAGUGGAGGAAGUGGUGGUGUUGUAUGGCGGGUUCGAGCUAACCAGACCAAACUAGUGUGUGCUGUGGGUAGCCGUAACGGCACGGAGGACACUAAACUGCUUGUGCUUGAUUUUGAUGUGGAUACACAGCGACUUUGACAGGACAUUCACUCCUAACUCUAGAACUUCUUUGAUAGACUGCAACUUAUUCCAAAAACUAUUAUAGAAAUUACUGAGCUUGCGUUUAGAGCAGAGUGGACGUGGUCAGGGUCAUGAACUCCUUGUUGCAGACAAAGUUGUAAUUUUGAACACGAAGGCCCUGUUUUAAAAUCCACCAAACUAUUGCAGUAGUUUUUCAUGCUGUGGCUGUUUUGACGGCAGUUGGAUGGUCAGCCUACAAAUGGUUGUACUUGCAAGUUUCUGUCAAAGCAAGCAAAUAUGCAAUAGUGAAAUGGAAAUUGCCAAAGAUCUCAGCAUUUUUAUUGGUUAUCUUCUUCUAAACUUAUUGAAUGGAUGAAACGGCAGCAUUAUUCUGAUGAGUGAGAGUCUCUCAAUGCAAUGGUGUGUGUUACAUAAAUGCUGCACUGUGUUCAUCAACGAUGGAGAUGUUUCUGCCUUGGAUUGUGUGAGACUACCCUGAGACUAGAGUGCUGCAUUUUGUCAAUCCUUACUACUGUUCAACGGGCACUACAUCCACUCCCUCCAUGCAUAGACCUUUUCGCAAAUACCGGGGCGCGCGCGUAAAGCUUGGAAUUAGGUGCAUUGUGGUCCAGCUGGUAUC